UCCCCAAAUCCUCUCCAUGGUUCUUCCAAUCCCUAAAACUAUUCUCUCAAAUCUUGCUUGAUUUUCAAGAUGGCAUCGGAGGAGGUUGAAAUCCACUGCGUUUCUUCUGUGAUUUGAGGUUGGCGGUGCUGUGUUGCCGUCCAGAUUCGCCAACUUGGCUACGGCGGCCAGGCGGUAAGCUUUGAAUCAUCAGGUCGCCCCUGUGUUAGUUGAUAAGGAAAGGAGAAGCUAGUAAUGUCUUGCCGCAUCUAGCCGCGCUGCCGCCGGUAUACAGAUUUGUUAAUCUGCAGGCGAGCUUCUUGCUGUCAUCCGCCAAUAUACGGCCACUGCCUCCUCUGCAUCUGACCAUCUGUAUGAGAAGGUGAUAAUAGCACAUGUGAUUCCCUUUGGAUUAUUCCGAUUAGUACUGACUGCCUGUGAGCUCGUCAAGUCAAGCUUAUCUUUGCUUGGUGGCCGGAUUAAAAUAUUCUGCUUGUGGUGCGUGUGUGCAUCUAAGAGCAACUCAUACUAAUACAUCUACUUGUCAUUGUGCACGAGUGUGUUGCUGGUGGAGUGCUCAAAAACAAGUCCUGUGUGACUGGGUGUUUGUUUUGUCGUGGUGAACUAUGGCAGAUCCAAGCAAGGAAAAAGCAGGGGAUUUUAGUGUGGAUAAGCUAUAUGAAAUUUUCAGCAAAAUGUUUGAGCAGCAGCAACAACUCAGAGUGGUUCCUGAAGGAGUCAAAUAUGCACUUGAGCCUAAUCCAGUAAAGCUGGCUGGACCGGGCAAUUACAUCAGCUGGGCACGACAUGCCCAGUUAAUCCCGAGUUCUCAUGGUUAUGAUGACUUGCUUAGUGCCGAUGAAGGAAAACAGCUAAGUGACACUAGCGCAAAACAGGUUAAUGACAGAGUGUUGGUCUGGUUAUUAGGAAGCAUGGAACCACCAAUUCAAGAACAAGUUGAGACUAUGACUACUGUAUCUGAAGUAUGGGCAGCUUUGGAGAAGCAGUUUGCAGGGAAAUCCAAUAAAAUGCAAGGUAAUCGUAUUAUGCAUGAAUUGACAAAUCUGAAGCAAGGCACAAAGUCUGUGACAGAGUAUGCUGGUGAGACCAAAAGACUGUACAAUGAACUGCAUUAUUAUCAUCCCUUUGAGCCCAUUGACAAACAAGACUUUGCUAUUCAUCAUACCUGGUUUGAGCCAUUUGUGAGCAAGCUCUUUCUUGAUGGCUUAAAUGAGGAAUUUGACCUUCGACGCCAACUUAUAUUCUCAAAAACUGAGUGGCUUAGUCUUGAUGAUGUUAUCUCAAGUGUGAUAGAGGAGGAGACUCGGUUGGCUCAGCCUGAGAAUGGCCUAAAGUAUACAGAUGCUCGUGCAGCCUUAUCCAUGCAAGCUCGACGUGCCCCAAAGUUUGUUGGCAAAUCAGAUAAAAACAAACUUUUUUGCAACCAUUGUAAAAGGACUGGACACAUAAAGGAUGCAUGCUUUGAGCUGCAUGGCUUUCCAACUUGGUGGGAAAAAGGAAAGUCUCGGCCAGGGGGAGUUCAUGGAGCAAACAAAAAACAAGCUAACCUCACUACAUCCAAGGGGGAGCUACCAGUGGUCGAUGUGCGAGCUCUUGAGGAUUUUACUUCCAAGCUUAGACUCUCAGAAGGCUCGUCUACUUCCCAGGAUUCCUCUAAAGCUGAAUCUAGUUUCUAUAUCAAUUCACACCAAGGAGCUAGCGACAGGGAGACUGUUGGGGACUGGGACCGUGCAUGAUGGACUCUACUAUCUUGAUGAAGGAAGUGAUGAAGUUGCUUUUGCAUCAUGCUUGUCUCCUAGCCAAGAACUGCUACUCCAUCAUCGCAGGCUUGGCCAUCUAUCUUUUGCUGCAUUAUUACGUAUUUACCCCUCUCUUUUCAAGUUGUGUCCCAAGGAGCUCCUUGUAUGUGAUGCUUGUGAGUUAGCUAAACAUACAAGGGGUUCCUAUCCUAGUAUAGGUUUAAGAAGUGCCAAACCAUUUGAAAUGAUUCACUCGGAUGCUUGGGGACCCUGUGAGGUUCGUUCCAUUUCUGGGCACCGAUGGUUUGUGACUUUUAUUGAUUGCUUUAGUCGUUACACUUGGCUUUAUCUCUUGAAGCAUAAGAGUGAUGUGUUCUUGGUUUUUAAGGAUUUAUGUGCUCUCAUUAAAAAUCAACAUGGGGCAACUAUUAAAACCUUGCGUUCA